AUGGCUUAUGUUUCUGUGGAAUCAGAUGAUCGUCUCGAAGACGAGACCCCACAGCUCGAAUAUAAAUCGUUUUUAGGAGAUGAAUCUGCGAAUACGAGAGGGGGUCAUUCUAGUCGAGGAUAUAUCGCGGACCAACCACGCAGUUCAUCGUUCUGGUCAUUAGACUACUACCAAUCCUACUUCGACAUCGACACCAAAACCGUCCUCUCCCGCUGCCUAACAACCCUCUACCCCCUCCACCCCUCCUACACCUCAGCCCACCUCGUCCCCUCCCCCGACUUAUACGGCCCCUUCUGGACCCUCACCACCCUCAUCUUCACGCUCUUCAUCACCUCCUCCCUCGCCUCCUCUAUCGUCGCGUACCUCUCGUCCCAGGAAGUCGACUAUGAUUUCGCGCUGUUGAGUACGGCGGUGGGAUUGGUGUAUGCGUAUGGGAUGGGCGUGCCGGUGUUGCUUUGGGGGGUGUUGAGGUAUUGGGGCGUUGGGGGGGCAGGGGAGGGUAUGGAGGGGUGGGGGCUUGUGGAGGCGUUGGGGGUGUGGGGGUAUGGGAUGUUUGUGUGGAUUCCGGUUUCGAUUCUGUGUGUGAUUCCCAUCGCGCUCGUGCGCUGGAUACUCACAGGUAUCGCAUUUGCCUUCUCGGGCUACUUCCUCGUAGCGAACGUCUAUCCCGUUCUCGCCUCCACAGACAACAAAUCAACCCGCCUCCUCAUCAUCCUCAUCGCCGCCCUGCACGCCGGCAUCGCACUCGCGUUCAAAGUUCUGUUCUUUAGCUAUUAUGUUGUGGACCUUGAUGUGGGCCCGGCGGACCCGGUGCCGCCGGUGGAGGGGGAGGUGCCGAGGAUGUUGAUGAGGUUUGGGAUGAGGUUUUAA